AUGACUGAAGCCUCCGCACACAAGCGGUCUCCAACGACCCCGUCAACUCCCGGAAUUUGGAACGAUGCAAGAGCCAAAAAGCUGAAGAGCGCCGCUACCCAGUCCCCAACCAAGCCCCGCCGGAGUAGAGACGCAACAGUGGAAGAAUUAACAAGGCAACAGCUCAUCAACUCUAGAGAGCUCCAGCGCGUAAAUGGGUUGGUGAGGUUCCUUGAGCUAGAAAGAAAGUUUCAAACCUAA